GCGCGCGAAUGGGUGGAGUCACGAAGGCGGGAUGAGGAAGAUACGACGAUCGACAUGUUCAAACUUGACCUUGGACUAGUGCCUUCGACGAAGCGACCCCAGCGAAGGAAAACGCGUGCGGAUAGUCACGCGUUCCGGCACCGCGCGAUCAUCCGACCGCCGUCGCCUUCUUCUCCAACCGAGCUCAUCCCUCGAUCACGACCGUCUUCGCUGCCCGCGCCUCCUUUAUGGCAUGGAUCGACUCCGUCCUCGCGUCCCUGCUUCACAACGUGUUCCUCCCCCUGAUCGUGCUCAGCGUUUGCCUCAGGUACGCGCUCCAGCGAGACUACACCGCGCGACGCCUCAAGUUCCAAGCGUGGCUCUCCAACUACAUGUCGUACCGGGAGACGGGUGCCAUGCUGGAGGCAAAGGAGAUCCUAUUCGGCAAGCUCGAGUCGAUCGUCUCUCGCGACUGGUACCUGCGCAACUUGGGGCUCAUCCGGAUACUCGAGAUCGGCGCGGGCUCCGGUUCGAAUCUCGCCUUCUACCCGAGGAACUGUCACCUCGUAGCCGUGGAUAGCAACCCGUUCACGGCAUCUUAUCUGCGCCGAAAGUUGGCGCGCGUUCCCGUGCUCCUCGAGAUGUUUCUCGUGCAGAACGGCGGCUCGCUGAACAACGUCAAGAGUUGCUACGUGGACGCUGUUGUCACCACGCACGUGCUUUGCGGCGUCAAGGAUUUGGACGCCGUGCUCAAGGAGAUCGCCCGCGUGUUGGCGCCGGGCGGCAAGUUCUUCUACGUGGAACACAUGCGGCACGAUCCGGGCGACUGGCGUCGCUACGUGCAGAUGCUCGUCGACCCGCUCUGGCGAAGGCUCUUUAACGGCUGCAGCCUGACGCAGGAGCUGCAUGACGGCAUCCAGAAGUCGACGCACUUUGCCUCGGUGUCGCAGUGCAAGGUGUACUCGGCGCGGAGCAAGUUUGUCGGCAUUUUCCUCAACCCCGUUCUAGUGGGUAUCGCAACCAAGAGGGAGUUUGUGCGGAGGAGGCCGAUGAAGUUGAGCAAUGCAUUUCUUACUACACGGGCAAUGUAGAGGAGUGGGUAACGUUUCACGCUCUAAACCUAAAGAUAUCCACAUGACAUUUUUGACAUUUAAUUUUUGUGAAUACGCAAGACAUACAACUGACAAACCUCAGAGUGACCACAGGAUCAUUUGAUUUUGUAAUACUGAAAUACAUUCGUAUGAUGCACUAACUGAACAGACUAAAAGGCAUAGAAGGCUUGACAGUGUUUGCAUACAGUGUUGAUUUUUUUUCAUUCUGACAGAGGCAUACAAGUAUUCAAAUUGAGUGUUCUUAUUUUGCAAGUUGGAAAAGCAAACAAACAAAAAACACUGUUAAACAAAAUACCCUUCAAAAGACUAGAGUUACAAUAAGUGAACUUUAAGUGAAACAAAGAGAAGCAAAAAACAUCGCUACAAAAAUAAUAACAGUGCUGGUAUCAGUAGGCUUGUAGGGUUUAACAGAAUACUAAGAAACAUUUAAAGAAGUUUACAGAAUAGACAAUUUGAAACACUCUCAUUUCUUAAUAGAAGGUUGCUGUAAUAGCUUUCUAUGAACCACUUUCAAUAUAGUUUUCUAGAGUAUAUAUUUAUUACGACGUAAAGACAUCUUAAACAGACCACCAUGACAUCAUGGCACCAAGAUUUCUGUCAUCAUGCCAAGGCACUCCUGGGCGAUGAAACUAAGAGUGGUUUGUGGAAAGCUAUACUGUAGUGAAUUUUUAUUGAGGACAUAUUGAUGAUUAUCAGUAGUUUUUCUUCAGCUUCAUUUAAGGUCCUGAACUUUCAGAUAACGGAAAAGAAAAAAGUAAAAAAUGUCAUGCGAAUACAUGCUUUAACAGGUAUGAAUUAACCUUCAUUGUUAUGAUCUAUGUCAUGAAAACUUGGGCUGCACGGACUCGCCGUUUGGAUUGACGAUAUUCCUGUACACAUGAUUUUAAGAUUAUUAUUGUGGAAAUCAGUUUUGAGAGAUUGGCAAUCAAUUUUACAGAUUGCAGUCCUCUACAGGGUUAUUUAGCAGGUGGUAGCCUGACAGUGUUCUUGCAUACAGGAACCUUAUCAUCUACUAAUGUUCUAAAAAGUCGAAGCUUCAAAGCUGCUUCAUGUUGCAGCAGUUUCGCAUUUCUGGCACAGCUAGUCAGAGGUUUUACAUGAGACAUAGUCAGUUAACUGCCAAGGCAACAUUAAGCCAGUUACACCAGCAUUUGGGUCUGCGGUGGCUGUGAACUGCAAAUGAUUGUUGUUUCUUUUUACAAGAAUGUCUUCUUUUUUUCAUAAAACUAAUGAACCAGCCUAAGAUCACCUGGAAAUUGGAUUUGCUCAGUUGGCCACAUGUCAGCCAGUGAGCUGCACUGCCUUGGUGCGGACAAAAACCUACUUCAAGCACAUAGCCUGCGAUGUUCAGUUUGCAAGGCUAUAGAAAAGACAUCAAUUGUAUUGGUAAUUAAGUUCAGUGGCCAGAUGUCAAACUUCUCGCUUUGUGUUGCCGUGGCAACAGUGAAACCUGUGAAGUGGGUUGAGGUUUCAUGUGUGGGAAGUCUCCCAUCUCAUUGAAGAAUGGGCAAAGUCAUGUUCCAGAUAGGCUAAAUUAGAGCUCACUUUGGGACAGCAAAGUGCAUUACAAGUGGAGUUAUCGAGUGAUAUCAUUCUGCUGCUUAGUUCACUAUUCUGCUGAGUCUUGGCUAUUUUCUCAGCCGUGGUUCCGUUCAUGGCUUUCACUGAAGCCAGCCUGUGAGAGAUUCUGCAUGUACACUUGUUACUGAGCUAUUGUUUUAGACUGUAUACGAAAUGUCACACGUGCCUGUGGCACUUUAUGUGCUUUUAUUUUCUCGGAGCAGUGGUUCUUUAUCAGUUUCACCUGCUUGGUUUCUGUGUUUUGCAAGCGCUUUGGAAGCGUCUCUGAAGCUUCCUAGUCAUGUUAUUAUAAAUAUUAGACAACAGGGUACUUCACACACCUCCCUGGUAUACGGUACCAUUGCCAAUAGUAUUGGCACUGUCAGUCUUUCUAUAGUCAUAAGAGGCACAGCUGACUUUCUAAACUAGCAUUCUUGAAACAUUGCUGUUUCCUUAGAAGUUCUUAGCUUUGAGCAUCCGGCAACGAGUUCAAAUUUUCAGUGACAAAUGAUGAACUUCUGCGUUGGCAAGAUACUAGAUUUCACGUGAUAGUUCUAAUCUAACACAAGACACUUUGCACAAGCAAGCACGGUGCAAACUACAGUCAUAUCACUGAUGACAGUGGCCGUGUGCUGUGCCAUUGCUGUAAUCGCAACAUCAUCAUCACU